UUGAAAUUCAUACCAUAGAACCAUUCAUUAGCAAUAAAAGCACUCUCCGGUAUAUUGGUGCUGUUUUCCAAUACCAAAGUCAAGAAAUAUGAGUUAUAACGGUGAAAUCUUGCCUGGGCCAGCGCCGACACGGCUGCGGCAGAUCGCCCUUGUUGCGCAUGAUAUCGAUCGCGCGGAGAGUUUACUGACCUCCGUUCUCGGAACAGAGGUGAUUUUUAUUGAUCCUGGAGUAGCGAAAUGGGGCCUAAGAAACAUCCUGGUUGCUAUUGGCGGCGACGUCAUUGAGGUCGUGUCACCGACAAAAUCGGGCACAACUGCCGGCAGGCUUCUGUCCAAGAGGGGGGAUGGGGGCUACAUGAUCAUCAUGCAGACCAUGGAUGCUGAUUGGCGGCGUGCGUUCAUCGAGUCGAAGGGCCUUGGUAAAGUCAUCUUCAGUCAUAGGUUGCCCGAUAGUGUUUGUAUUCAGUAUCAUCCAAAGCGCAUAAAAGGCGGUAUGAUGCCUGAACUUGACUCCCACCGUGCAACGCCCGCAAACCCGGAGCCGCUGGCAUCUCAGUUCUCGCAGUGGCAUGCUUGCGGGUCGGACUAUGCCUCCUACUCUGCCGGGAUGAGGCGCUGCUCCCAUCUUCAUCUAGUCGGCAUUCACUGCCGUCUAGAGCCUGGUGACUUGGAUAUAGAAGCCGCGUUAAAUCAGUGGGAAGAGGUAUUCGGCGUUCCGAGGACUCGCGAAAACUUGCAAUUCACCAAUGCCUGGAUGAGCUUUGUUGAAGGUAAAGAAGGUGCAAGCGACGGUUUGGUAUCAAUCACCAUCGCAGUUCAGGGGAAACAAAAACUAGAUCGCAUUUUUUCUGCGGCACGAUCUUUUGACUUGCCACAUGGAGAUGGCUGGAUAGAUAUGCUAGGUCUGAGAUGGCACUUUGUCCUAUCAAAUGAUGCCGCGAAACUGUAA